AGUGUCAAAGUUAUCAGUGUGCCUGUGCGGCAAGUCUCGGCUCGAAUCGGCUGGUCUCGGCUCGGUUCGUUCUGCAGCAUACAGUACUUCAGACAGUGACAGGGACCCAACGGGCGCAGAUGGCGAACAUGGCAGCACCGAAGCGGCAAGACACUCGCAAAUUUUUCGAGAAUCUGUCCGGCGCCGGGAAAUCCAUCGCCGUGUUGACCAGCGGAGGAGAUGCCCAAGGUAUGAAUGCAGCGGUCCGGGCUGUUGUCCGAAUGGGCAUCUAUGUGGGCGCCAAGGUCUACUUCAUCCAUGAGGGUUACCAGGGGAUGGUGGAUGGAGGUGACAAUAUUAAAGAGGCCAGAUGGGAAAGUGUCUCCAGCAUGUUACAAGUGGGUGGCACAGUCAUUGGCAGCGCCCGCUGUAAAGAGUUCCGGACCCAUGAGGGUCGCCUGAAAGCUGCCCACAACCUGGUGCAGAAGGGCAUCACCAACCUGUGUGUGAUCGGUGGAGACGGCAGUCUGACUGGAGCGAACCUCUUCAGAGAGGAGUGGAGUGGCCUGUUGGAGGAGCUCCUCCAGCAAGGUCUGAUUGAUGAGGAGGCAACCAGGAAAAACUCGGCGCUACACAUUGUCGGCAUGGUUGGCUCCAUUGACAACGACUUCUGUGGGACCGACAUGACCAUCGGUACCGACUCAGCCCUGCACAGGAUCAUUGAGGUGGUGGACGCCAUCAUGACCACGGCUCAGAGCCACCAGAGGACAUUUGUACUGGAGGUCAUGGGCAGACACUGUGGGUAUCUGGCUCUGGUCAGUGCUCUGGCAUGUGGAGCAGACUGGGUGUUUAUUCCUGAAAUGCCACCUGAAGAUGGCUGGGAAGAUAACAUGUGUCAGAAACUGUCUGAGAGCCGAUCACGAGGUUCCAGAUUGAAUAUUAUCAUAGUUGCUGAAGGAGCCAUUGACAGACAAGGACAACCUAUUACCUCUGACUUUGUGAAGGAUCUGGUAGUGCAGCGCUUAGGUUUUGACACCAGAGUCACCAUCCUGGGCCACGUGCAGAGAGGUGGGACCCCCUCAGCCUUUGACAGGAUCCUCGCUAGUCGUAUGGGUGUGGAGGCAGUGCUGGCAUUAUUGGAAGCGUCAGCUAACACUCCAGCCUGCGUCGUGUCUCUGGUUGGCAACCAGGCUGUUCGACUGCCACUGAUGGAAUGUGUUCAGAUGACUCAAGAAGUACAGAAGGCCAUGGAUGAAAAGAAGUUUGAUGAGGCAGUGAGGCUGCGUGGCAGGAGCUUUGAGAACAAUCUGACCACCUACAGUCUGCUAUCCUACAGGAAGGCAGACUCUGAACUUCCAAAUGGGGAGGAGGAGGCUGGGGAUGAAGAGCAGUUUGAUAGCUCCUUUAACGUGGCAGUAUUGAAUGUGGGAGCUCCAGCAGCAGGUAUGAACGCUGCUGUGCGUUCCGCCGUCAGAGUUGGCAUCACCGAAGGCCACAAAAUGUUCGCUGUCAGUGAUGGCUUUGAGGGAUUCUACAAAGGACAGGUCAAGGAGAUAAAAUGGGGGGAUGUAGGUGGUUGGACUGGCCAGGGUGGGUCAUUACUAGGGACUAAAAGGACCCUUCCAGGUAAACAUCUGGAUGAAAUUGCUGAGCAGAUGAGGAUUCAUAAUAUCAACGCUUUGCUUGUCAUUGGUGGAUUUGAGGCCUACGUUGGAUUACUGGAACUUUCUGCAGCACGGGACAAAUAUAACGAGUUCUGUGUGCCCAUGGUUAUGGUACCCGCCACCGUCUCAAAUAAUAUACCUGGUUCAGACCUGAGCAUUGGCUCAGACACGGCUCUGAACGCCAUUACUGACACAUGUGACCGCAUUAAGCAGUCAGCCAGCGGUACGAAGCGGAGGGUCUUCAUCAUUGAGACCAUGGGCGGUUACUGCGGAUACCUGGCCACCGUGGGCGGUCUGGCUGCUGGCGCUGACACAGUCUACAUCUAUGAGGAGCCCUUUGACAUCCGGGAUCUGCAGGCUAACGUGGAGCAUCUGACCCAGAAGAUGAAGACGAGCAUCCAGAGAGGUUUAGUGCUCAGGAAUGAGAACUGCAAUGAGAACUUCACCACUGACUUCAUCUACCAGCUGUACACGGAGGAGGGACGAGGAGUGUUCGACUGUAGGAAGAACAUCUUGGGACACAUGCAGCAGGGAGGAGCUCCAUCUCCAUUUGAUAGGAACUUCAGCACCAAAAUUGCUGCUAAAGCCAUGCAGUGGAUCACACGUACACUCAAGGAGUCCUUCAAAGGAGGCCGGGUGUUUGCUAAUUCGGAGGAUACCUGCUGUCUGUUGGGGAUGCGUCGCAGGGCAAUGGUCUUUCAGCCGGUGUCAGAGCUCCGCGAUGAAACCGAUUUUGUUCACAGGAUCCCUAAGGAGCAGUGGUGGCUGAAGCUCCGCCCCCUAAUGAAAAUCCUGGCCAAGUACAAGACGAGCUACGACGUGUCCGACUCGGGUCAACUGGAGCACGUGAGCCGGUUCCGACCCAAAGACAGCGACACAUCGGCCGCCAUCUGAGCCGAGGCCCCAUCCCCGGCAGAGCGCAUCACUUCAGCUUCACACCAACAGUGGCCGCUUCUUGCACAAUCACUGAUCGACCGGCGACAAAGCGCAGAUCAUUCAGGUUAGACAGGAGGAAAAUGUGCACGUCCAACCACUCAUCAAGAGGCAUCACUCAUGUUUUAGAUCAUGACUGAAACCGGCAGAGUUGUGUGAACAGCGCUCUUCAACUAGUUUUAACAAGCAAACAACUCUAACACUGUAUUUUUAGAUCCCAAUCUAAAUUAUUAGACUUAAGUAUAUUCUCUAUGUAUUUAUGCACUGUUAAUAAUGUAUGGUGUAAGUAUUGAAAAUGUAGCCAGCAAACAGAAUCAGUGUUGCCAAUUUUGCAAUUUUUUUUUUUUUUUUUUUACAAAAUUUGCUAAAUUUUAGUGGCUUUUAUUCACAGAAACACCUACAAAAAUCUCAUCAGAAUCAAUUUUACCAUAAAUUGUUGAAUAGACUUAAAGUUACAAAAAAGGAAUAUGUAAAUGAUGUGCUUUUUCCAUAAAUUGUAAUGAAGCAAAUAAAGUAGGUUGUAUUUAUAUAUUAUAUUAUAAUUGGGGAUCAUUAGUCCACGUUGUACACACUGCACAGAUACUAUUUUUGUCACGUGUUCAAAUCAGUUGUUUAUCAUAAACAAGUUUGUGUACUGAGUUUCAUUACUGCAGUAACACAAGCCGAUGGAAAAAUCCCAUGGUCUUUAUGUUGAGGGAACCAUUGAACCAUUAUGAUACUAACGUCAAAGUUAGCCUUCAGCCUGUUGUUAUUCAUAUUUAUGUGACACUGUCCAUGGACUUUUAGAGCUUUAGACAUUGCAGUUGGCAACACUGACCAGAAUAUGUCAAGGAAAACAAACGCUGAAAUGUUGAAUUUGUAGCUUUUGUUGUUUUCAUUAUUCCUCAGCACUUCGAACCCAUGAUUCAUGUAAACUGAAAGCUGCUUCAGCAGAGGGAAUCUGUUCAUCUGAAGCCUGUUCAUCUUUCCUCUUGAAACUUGAUUGUAAAAUGCUUCUUGUAACUAGCAGGUAAAAGUGGCUUCAUUAGGCUUUUCUGAAGUGUGUGUGCAUAUAUGUGUCGUUGCCUUUGUCACUUGUCAUCCUGGGCUUUGUACAUGGCGUCCUCUAGUGGUUCUUCGUGAGUCAGCACCUGCUGUUGCUGUGUUCAGAUGUUAAGAAAGUUGGAAACUAACAUUACUGUAUGUACUUUAUGUGCUGGCAGUGGGACACUGUCACUGAGGAAUAAAUAAAGCAUUUACUGGAGGGAACAG